CGGCCUUGGUCUCCAACAAAUAAACAGAGGAAGACGAAGAGCGGAGAUAAGAUUUUCAGGCUCCUUUUCGCACAGAAAAUGGGAAAACAACAGCACAGAAAAUGCGAAGAAUGUGAACAUUCGUACAUGAAUCGAUGCUGUAUGUGUCUGGAUAUUCGUACGGGCGUUAUAAUACUCGGAUUGAUCCAUUUGGUCUUCCAAGUUGCAGCCAUUGUUGUAAUUUGCCAAGUCUUGGUUCAUCCUGAUACCUACGACAAAGAAAGCCCGUACAUUUCCAGUAAUCACAUCAUGAAAGGAAGCAAUUUUGCUACCCUGGCUAUUUCGCUGCUGCUGUUUAUUUUGACAGCACUUAUGAUCUAUGGCACAAUUCAGCGUCGUCCCUGCUAUAUGCUACCGUUCUUUUGUAUUCAAGUAUUUGACCUUUGCGUCUGUGUUUUGUUGCUAUUUGGAGCCGUGACGAACCACGAUCAAGUCGUCGUUUGGAGAAGCCGGGUAUCACAUCACUACAGAUACAUGAGACUGGAUAAGGUUGAUCAACGUUGUUUAAUUGCCACAUUUACUGCAUUCCUUAUCAUCAAGGCCUAUCUUGCAAACUGCGUCUGGACUUGCUACAAGCUACUGGUUAUUCGUUUGAAAAAAUUGUCAGGAGAUGAAGUUGUGCGUUCUUGCUGUAACGAAAGUGACUUUGAGCCAUUGUUACCAAACUAUGACGACGCAACAAAGGAAACUCCCAAAGAAAGCCCUCCGCCAUAUGCCAAUAACUAAAUUUAUCAGGCUGGCAAGAAACUUUAUUGCAUGCUUGUAAAGUCGAAGGCAUUUGAUUUGGCCAGGAUUAAUUAACAUAGUAAUUAGUAUUUAGCUGUUUGCCAGCAUCCUAUUUGACUGCUUGUGUUGUUUAAAAAUGUAAGAUUGUCUCAAUAUUGACUUCAGGCCAGGGAUAUUUUUAAUGCCAUGAAACUGGUUGCAUAAACCCUCUAAGUAAUGUACAAAUGCAUUGUUUAUUACAAUUUUACAUUCUUCUUUUGAUAGAUGUGAAUGAGUUGAUUAGUUGAUGGAUGCUCAAACAUGAGCUCUAAAAGUCUUAGCAUUUAUAAAUAUUCGCUCUUUCACAUCUAUCAAAAGAGGAAAAUUACUGACUUUGCCCAACUGACUGAAGAGUAAAAACUCUCCAUUCGAGCCUUCAGCAACCAGGUUCAAUGGCAAUUUAAAGAUAUCCUAGCUCGUAUAUAUAUGUACACAGUAGAUUUUUGUGGGUUAUGUUGUCUUCCCUGUAUUUUCACGUAGUUGUAUGUGGUUUUUGCACAACUAUAGAAAAUUAGAAAGUUGUUAAUUUGAACGAUGUAAUCUCGUAGAAAGUAAUGGCAGUUCACUGAUAUUUAUGUCAGAAUAUAGUCGAGGAAUAAACUAUAUUUGUAUAUUGAA